CUUGUUACCUUCUGCCACAUCAGUCUGGCAACACUGGAUCUGAUAUAUUAGGAUUGUUUACCAAUUUGUUUUUGCAAAUUUUCCUGUUUUAUGUAUAGAAUUGGAUAAAAAGAAACAGAAAAUAGCAAAAACCUGAAUGUUUACUGAAUACAAUAUGUGCCAGAAAACAUUUAAAAUGUGACAAAUUACAUUUGUUAUAUUUUUGUAUUUCUGAAAAACGAGUGAAAAAUUAAUAAUACCUACUUAUAUCUAGGGAUUCAUUCUGAUUCAUUUAUGUAUUUUGUGUGUAUAUAUUGUGAGCAUAGAUAACUGGGCUAAUUAUUGCUGUUCACUGAUUUGGUACUUUGACUACUUAGUAUAUUCUUUGAUUUGUUUCCGAAGAAAAAGCAACAUAAUUUGAAAAUGAUUUUGCUUACUCUUUUUUUAUUAUAUCAUGUAUUUCAAGAAAGUUCUGGUGCUUUUCCUAAUUUUUACACCAAAAUAUAUUCAGAACAAAUUUCUGGUGACUCCGGCGAACCACUGAUUCUUACGCCCCUUAUUGAGCAGAACAAAAUCCAAGAAGCUCAGAAUAUUUCAAGAGUAUAUUUUAAUGGGUUUAAAAAUGUCACUAGCUAUUCUGGAUAUUUCACUGUAGAUAAAACAUUUAACUCCAAUAUGUUUUUUUGGUAUUUUCCUGCUGUCACAGAUUCAGCACAUGCUCCUGUUGUUUUAUGGUUACAAGGAGGACCCGGAGCAUCUAGUUUAAUUGGUUUAUUUGCGGAAAAUGGUCCAUUCUCCGUUAAAAACAAACAUGGUUUGAGAUUAAGAAAAUAUUCCUGGACUGAAAAUCAUAAUGUUCUUUAUAUUGAUAAUCCUGUUGGUACUGGAUUUAGUUUUACUAAUGGUGGAUAUGCAAAAACCGAAACUAAAGUUGGAGAAGACUUAUACACUGCACUUAUUCAGUUUUUUACAUUAUUUCCUGAAUUACAAAAGAAUGAAUUUUUUGUUACUGGAGAAUCUUAUGCUGGAAAGUAUGUUCCUGCUGUAUCAUAUGUUAUACACCAAAGAAACGCAGGUGCAAAGCUUCAAAUUAAUUUACAAGGUUUGAGUAUUGGGAAUGGUCUUAGCGAUCCGGAACACCAAUUGAAAUAUGGCGAUUACCUUUAUCAACUAGGUUUGAUUGAUGCCAAUGCCAAAAAGACUGUUCAAGAUUAUGAACAGCAGGGAAUUAAUUAUAUUCAGAACAGGCAAUAUGAUAAAGCUUUUCAAAUUUUUGAUGAACUUCUUAAUGGAGACACCAACAAUCACACUUCAUUAUUUAAAAAUAUUACAGGAUUUGAUAAUUAUUUUAAUUUUUUGUAUCCUAUAGAUCCUUUGGAUAUCGAUCUAAGGAAUAUGGCAAAAUAUUUACAAAGAUCUGACAUUAGAGCUGCAAUUCAUGUAGGAAAUACCAGUUUUAGUACAGAAACUGAAGUAGUUGAAAAAAAUUUGAUGUUUGAUGUAAUGCAAAGUAUAGCCCCCUGGAUAUCAGAUCUAUUAAAUAAUUAUAGAGUGUUAAUUUAUAAUGGACAAUUGGAUAUUAUAGUGGCUUAUCCUUUAACAGAAAAUUACCUUCAAAAUUUAAAUUUUGCAGGUGCAGAUGAAUAUAAAACUGCUAAAAGAUACCAAUGGUAUGUUGGAAGUGAUAUAGCAGGCUAUGUUAAACAAGCUGGGAAAUUAACAGAAGUUCUUGUAAGAGAUGCAGGUCAUAUGGUUCCUGCUGACCAACCACUGUGGGCAUGGGAUAUGAUAUCAAGAUUUACAAGAAAUAAGCCAUUUCAUAGACAAAUAUAAUAAUCCUACUCUGUACCAUCUUUUUUCUUAAUUUCUUACUUUGUGUACUCUCGUCAAAAAUAAAUUAAUUUAAAUUUA